AUUCAAUCGACUUCCGACUUCCUAUCUCCUGCUAGGAGAAAGCCUAGUGCUACAAUGGCAAAGCUCAUUUUGCUUUGCCUGGAUUUAAUUAUAUUCUGCAUCACCGUCAACGCCGUGUUUGAGGAUCAAAUUGGAAAAUUUGACUGGUAAGUUUUUCUGGAAAGAUUUAAUGUGUGUGCCCACAUUUUACAUCGGAGCUGCCAAUUCUAACACCUGCCAUUGCUACGAGCUGUUAUCUGGUGCGUGUUGCCGAAAGGACGGGCCAGAAGAUGUCAAAUAAGUUCAUGAAAAUGUAUUAGCUGUCUUACUGCCAGCACGGUAGGUUUUUAAAGUCUCAAGAAAAUAACGAUUUCUAGAGUGAAUGUGUCUGGAGAUUUCUUCGAAUUGAGAUUACACCACUGUGAUUUCACAAUUUACUCGUGUAGGGUAAUAAGCACUGUGCCGGUAUUUGUUUUCUCAUUGAAGAUGCUUUCUGUCUUAUUUUGUACAGGAGACAACAGUAUGUUGGCAAGGUACGUUUUUCUCACUUCGACUCCCAUGCCCAGUCUUCUAAAAAGGUCCUUCUGGCAACAGAGAAUAAUGUUUUUGCUGCACUCAACACAAGGACUGGAGAACUAUGUGAGUAUAUAAUUAAUCAAGAAUUUCUAGCAGUGAUCCACCCCUCAUUUGAUAUACUUAUGUGAUUUUUCGAUAUCUGUUCUAGUCUGGCGACAUGUAGAUAAGACUGGACCAGAUGGAAGCAUUGACGCUCUUCUGCACCAUGCACAAGGUAGUUUUGACCAUAGACUGUAUGGUUUUUGACAGCGCAGUUGACUACAGUGAGAAAUUGGAGUUCUUUGUUUGAAAGCAAACUCAUUAAACUCUUUCUGUCCACUAGAUGCAGUGCAAGUAGUUGGUAAUGGUCGCCUGCUGCGCUCUUGGGAGAUAAAUGUCGGUGGUCUGAACUGGGAGAUAGUGCUUGACUCUGGCAGGUAAUUUACCUUUUGAAUGGAAGAUCUCAAGUUGAGGAUUGCAUUUUUAAUGCAAUUAGAUUUUAACAGUGUUGGUGUUUUAAGUUUUCAGGCAGCAUGUUUGGUUGGACAGCAAGACAUCACCAAGCAUGUGGCUAUUUUGAAGAAAUCUGUCAUCUCUCUUCAUUAUCUAUCUAAUGGUCAUCAGAAGUGGAUUGAGAACCUUCCAGAAAGGCAAGUGUUUUUUUCUCCUCAUAAUAAUUCUCAUAAAUAAACCCUGGAUCACAUUUUUUGUAUUAAGAGCCAUUCCUAAUAAACAAAAUAGGUUCACCAGUAGUUAACAAUCCUCUCCAGACAUGUUUGCAGGCAUAUCAGAUGACUUUUGAAUAAUGAUUGGUUUCACUUGGUUUUCCAACAAACAGUAAAAGCAUCCGGUGAAAUUCUUGAAAACAAAAUCUUUUGUAUCAAUCAGUCAAUCAGUAAGUGGGUCGAUUAUUUUAUCAUCAAAUUCCAAGUAAAGUUGUCUUAGAGAUCUAGAGUGUAUCCUUUUAAAUAUAGUGGGAAAAGAGUAAUAGAUUACUUGUUAACAAAUGUCAAAUUUAGUGUUGACUGACAGAGUUCGAGAGUGGAACAAGACUAACUGGUGACCUGCCCUUCCAUCUAAAAAGAGAAAUGGAUGGAUAUUUAUUUAUUUAUUGUUGCUUUAAAACUUAAUGUGUGUUUUAUGGUUUUGGUAGAUGUAUUUGUUGAUGCUAAAUAUGUACAGACAAAUAACAAAUCAAAAUAAUGUCAAAAAUAUAGAUUUAUCAAAUAAUGAUAAAUGGUGAUUAAUGAUAAAAUCAAUCCUGGUAUCCAUUAAAAGGGCAUCUCUGAGAUUUGUUAAUCAAAUCAUAUGAACCAGUUGAGUGCACAAUAUUCUUUUUGUGAUGCCGGACAGAUCAUGACAGGUGAUUGACAACAUACAUACAGUGCAAACAGACAAUGGAGACAAGACAAAGUGACACAUACAGCAGGAACACAUAACAUUUAGAAAGUGUUGCAAGACUGUGUUUAAUGAAGUGUGAGUGGUUGGGUGUUUUUAUGUGUAUAAUAGUGCAGACUAUUAACCAGGUUAGCAUACAGUGGAUGAAAUAACGCUCUGUAUUUUUUACCCCCCAGUGAAACCGUGGAUUACCAGGCUAUAUAUUCUGGUGGAAAUGGUGAAGUGUACGCACUUGGAGUAGUUCCUCAUUCCCACAUUGCUGUUGUUGCUUACAGUUUGGAGGAUGGAGAGAUAAUCAAGCAGGUUGUCUUGAUUUAUAGUUUCUGGAGAUUAAUGUUGUUUUGUGCUUGUAAAUUUUAAAUCAUUUGAUAAAACUUUUCAAAAUUAAAUUCUGCUACUCUCUUUGCUUUUGUUGUGUCAAGAUCUCAGUUGAAGCUCCAUGGCUGUCCAACAUACAAGCAAGCUGUGUUGUAAUUGGCCAGGGGAUGUUGAUGUGUGUGGACUCUCCAACAGUAUCCCUUUACAUGCUUGACUUGCAUGUGCAGUCACAAAUGACCCAGAUCCCCUUGCAGGUUAGAUAUUUAACUGUACUUCUCUAUGUGUGUUUUUUUCUCUGUGAAAAUGCUUUGUAUGAUUUUUUAAAAUCUGUGUUAUCAUCUCAUUCCAGUCACUAGGACUUGAAAUAGCCUCCGGCUUCCGUCCCAUACUUGUGUCCACCCAGCCUAACCCAGCCCGUCAGCCGCUGUCGGAGUUCUUCCUUCAGCUUGGACCUGAACACUACCUGCUUCUCCAGCUCAACAAUGGGCAGAUAGUCACACUGAGAGAUUUCAAGCCAGUAUGUCACUGCAUUCACAAUGUUACAUGUAUGUUUGGAAACAUAAACUUAAGUUUGGGAUGCCAUUUUAGCUUAGCUGUUAAACAGCAAGCAACAAGCUGAUGGCAGGGUUCAAUUUCCACCCAUGGCCUUUAACCCUCAUCUCCCAGUCUCUCUUUUUAGAUUUUUACUCAAACUGUUGACCCUAAUAAAGACACCUUAAUGCUCCAAAAAUAAUUUAAUUAAAGAGAAUUCAAAACUUUAGCUUUGUCUAGUGUUACAGUUUUUGUAUUCUAAGUAACUCUGUAUGCAAUCUCUAAAUUUAAAUAUCCCCCGGGGGGGGAGGUGAGUAAAGGCAAUGAAGAAAUUAAGAAAUUAAGAUCCAGGAAUUCAGACCAGAGUCACAAUUUCCUUCAACAAAAAUGAUGAUAUUUCAGUGUUCUGUAUUAAGAGUUAACUGUAAAUUACUGGAAAAAAUGAUCAAAACUCUGGAUGACGUGUUUUUCUUAUAUCACAGGCUAUACUCGUUGCAUUUGCUACCUCUGGAGAGAAGACUGUGGCUGCUGUCAUGUCACCCAAAAAUAAAACUGUGAGUUGGAGUAAAAUCUUGUUAUCGGUUUUGGUAAGGACGUUGUUUGCUAUAGUGCUCUCUUUGGAAAACUUCAGUUUAAUAUCACUAUUUUGUUUUUGUUUAGUAAUUCUCAGUUGUCCUUUACUUUACCUUAUAUGUUUAAAUGUUAAAAUAUAAAUAUCAUUCUCUUCUAUAGGCUUGCAGUCUUAACCUGUUUAGUGCAGAAACUGGACGCAGACUUCUUGACACAACGCUCACUUUUAAUAUGGCUCCAAACGGUGGGAAACCAGAGAAAGUGAGUCUCCUUGUUUUCACACAUUUUCCAACAUGUUUAAUCUAACUCAUGAAGUCAGCAAGGUGGAUCCCUAAUUUUACCCUAAGUAUGAAACAAUUACCUACAGAGCAGAUGAGUCAGAUCAGCACAUUAGAUGGAAAGAUGUUAACUUUCCAAACAUAAAGUGAUAAUGUUAUAUGUGUUCUGUCUCCCAGCUGUAUGUACAGGCAUACCUCAAGAAAGAUGACUCCGUUGGCUACAGGGUCAUGGUGCAGACAGAAGACCACACACUGACCUUCAUACAGCAGCCAGGUACUAUAAGAAUUAGAUAUUUAUAAUAUUGCCUUAAAAGAAAACAUGAUAAAUCACCCCCAUGUCCUAAAUGAUAUUUGUCAGUAUCUAACUUUAAAUCUCAUAUCAUCAUCUUUGCACAAUUGUUUGUUAAGGAUGAUGUUUCUUUUAGAGCAGUGAAAUGCAUCUUUAAAGACCACAGAAAGAUGAGGUUUUCAGUUUCCAAUUUAAUUGUUUGGAGGAUAUAACCAAGAUAAAUCUUAAUAAAAUAUGUACCAUGCUGCCAAGCAUGGAGGGAGGCUGGAGGAAAUCAUCUGAAUUUUAGAAGCAACAGAGGAAAGUUCUGGUUUUAGUACACACUCAUACAGGCAGUCUUCACCAUGCCCAAGCACGUCAUACCUCCAAAGUUCAGUUGUUUGACAAGCUAGAAAGAGCACAGUGCACUUUCUCUGGCAUGGUUGGAAAAGGUGGGGUUUGACGCAGUACGCAGCAACAUUGCAGUGGAGCACCCAAUUAUUUUUUUUAUCCCACGCACUACACGUCAUAUCAACAUAGCAGUACAGAGGAAAUGCAGUGAGUUAGUAAUAAAUGCCUUCAGGCUGUCACAUUAGUAGGGAUAGGGAUUGAUAAGAUUUUUUCGAUAUCGAUGCCAUUAUCCAUUCUGCUUAUUGAAUCAAUUCUUUAACGAUUCUCUUAUCAAUGCCUUUCUUUGAUUAAAAAAAGUAGACUAAAGGUUUUCACUGUAACUCAAAAAUUUGAGUCUCUGAUAACAGAGACAGAUGUAUGCCACCUUCAGUGAGAGUAAAAUAAUCAAACAAAAAUGCUAUUUGUACAGCAUUUCUGGCAUGCAUUGUGUUUAUGUUAACACAGGACAUACAGUAUGUUAGGGUGACCAUAUUCUGAAUCCCCAAAAAGAGGACACUACUACGCGGGCAGACUUGUGUGUGCAAUUUUGUUUUGGAGAGUUUUUUUUUUUUUUUGAGAGAGAGUUUUUUUCGAGGUUGAGAGUUUUUUUAUUUACUUCUAACUCAGUUAAACGCACGUCACUCUAAAUUCCCAAGGACAGUGCAUGUGUACAUCGCGUCAGUGGCUUUGCUUAGAAGUGUGCGGAGGGGCAGAGCUGCAGAGAGCACUGAUGCGCUGCACUGUUUUUUGAUCAAUGGAUACACGAAGGAUUUUAUAAACUCCCCGGACCGGUUCUUCUGAAUAAGAACCGGUUCUCAAUUCCCAUCCCUACACAUAAGCGGCAAUAAAACAUCUAUGCAUUAAUAUACAAAAACUGCGAGGAAACCGCUGAAUUUAAACAUCUGUCAGUGGAAGACAGGGAAAAGGUCACUCCACUGUAAGUAGGAGGUGAAUUGAUGGUUAAUGGGGGGUAUGGUAUUAGUGAAUCAGCAGCACACAAGUAUUUGAUUGUAAUUACAGUCUUCCACAAAGUGAUCAGCUAUUAGUCAUGUGGUCAUCUAUUAAUAGGAUAUUUAAUGAUAUAAUAUAUGCAUUGUAACAGCAAAUAAAACACAUAGUGACAUGUUUAGACAGCUUCAUAACUCUACACGUCUGGAAACACUGGUAGAUGGUUGUGACAACAGUGGGCUCUCUGUUUCUCCUCCUUUACCCUAGCAGGUUGACAUGGACACGCUGUCUCAUGGAAUGAUAGAAUUAAUGAAAUACAUUUUCUUAUGAAACUAAAUUUGAUUUUAUGAAUCACACCAUCUGUUGUUUUGUUUGUUUGUCAGUCUGAGAGUUGUUUCAUAUGGCCAGAAUUCUGGCAUUAGGCCAGCAGAAAAAUGUCUGCUGUAAUCUCAGCCACAAAGUCAGUAACCUUGUAGUACUUUUCUCUGUUUCUGGCUAUUGGGUUGACUCUGAAAACUCACAUCUGCCUAUAUUGCAUGAUAAUGUAAAGUCAUGCACUUGUCAAGAGCUAGGCUCAGUUGGGCUUGGAGCAUUGUGAGUGCAAGCCAGUGAAGGACUGGGAAAUGGGACAGUUACACUUCAGCACUGAGUGGGGCAACAGAGCCCAGUGUGAGUGCCCCCCUUGAUUAAGAGUGUGUCCUUUACCUGGUAAAAUAUCAAGAUUUAGCAAAUCUUUCCAAGGUCCAAAGAGACUAAUUGGGUAUCUUUUGCAAUAAUAUUCAGGUUUACUACAUUUCAUUGCUAUUAUAAGCACUGCCAACAUCUUAGCACUAUGUGGAGCAGAAACAGUUUUCAUCAUGUACUCAUGACAUUGUAAUUUCCUCAAGGUAAAGUGUGUCAUGUUACAGGGUGUGAAGGUGUUAUUCAUUUACAGUACAAUUAUGAGUCUUGUUUUCUAGGGCGUGUGAUGUGGAUCAGAGAGGAGGCCCUGUCAGAUGUGGUGACAAUGGAAAUGGUGGAUCUGCCUCUCACAGGAACCCAAGCAGAACUUGAGGGGGAGUUCGGCAAAAAGGCUGGUAAUGUGGAACCUUAAUUCUGUUAGUCUGCUUUUUUUCUGGUAUGGACUCGUAUUCAGAGUUCAACCCUUUUUUUUUUUUUAACCAUGUUAACGGUUAUUGGAUUUUUCUUUAUACAUGUCACAAAAACUCAUGCAGCUGCUCAGUCCGCUGUUUUCAUGGGUAUUUUUUCACAACCGUUUCAUCAAUUGAAGCUACUUAACCUUACAGAGCCACUAUUGCAUGUCAGUGAUUUGCUGCUUCUUUUCAUCUGCUCUGGACCUGAAUAUGAUUACCAACUGUGCGGUUCCUUUUUUAUUUAUUUUUUUAUUUUUUUCAAAUAUUACUGGAGUUACACAGGAACUGAUAACUAAACUGAUGCUUGGUUUGCUCACUUGUUUGCUGUUUGCCUCACCAACUUUUGUUUCUGUGCUGUUUUAUUGCUGCGUCUGGAUUCAGCCAUUCAAGGUAACAUGCUGCUCUUCAUCUUAAAACUCCAUUAAUGGAUCUUAAAUUCGCAGAAAAAAGGGCAAUUUUCUUCCAGUCUCUAAUCUGCUGUGGCUAGACUUCUGGUGUAAAUCUAAUCAACUGAAAGUCACUAGGUGUCUGUGUCUAACUGUCCAAAUUGUUUAGAUGGCCUGAUGUCCAUGGUGCUGAAGAGGCUCUCUUCUCAGCUCAUUUUGCUGCAGGCCUGGAUCACUCACCUCUGGAAGCUUUUCUAUGAUGCACGGAAACCUCGCAGUCAAGUCAAAAAUGAAGUUACCAUUGAGAACCUCUCCAGAGAUGAGUUCAACUUGCAGAAGAUGAUGGUCAUGGUUACCGCAUCCGGAAAGGUACAAGACUGCCUCUCUUAUUCAGCUUGUGAAUGAUUCCAGAUGUAUGAGUUGUGCUUGACACACUUCACACAAAAUUACAGUUUUCUUUUAUUUUUUUAAAUCUAGCUCUUUGGGAUUGACAGUAAGACUGGCAGUAUUUUAUGGAGGCACUACCUAGACAACAUCCCUUCCAAUGCAGCCUUUAAACUGAUGGUGCAACGGACAACUGCACACUUCCCUCAUCCGCCACAGUGCACGCUGCUCAUCAAAGAUAAGGUAUCUGAUAACAAGGACUCUGGGUUCUGUGGUUUAAGAGUGACUAAGUGGCUCACUGACAAGCCCAUAUACACAAAUACAGGAAAUAACUUGAUGUGAAAUCAUCAAAUAAUGUUUUUUUUUUUCUUUACAGUCUUUAUGAAACCAGUCAAACCGGCUAAGCGUUUUUCUUGUACAGUUUCCAGCAGUGGAGUGGAAACUUGUCUCACUGUAGAGCAGUGCUUAUUUGUUGUAAAUAUUUCUCUGUUUUUCCCACAAGGACACUGGCCUGGCUACACUCCAUGUCUUCAAUCCCAUCUUUGGAAAGACAAGUCAAGUCACAUCGCCUGCUCUGCCUCAGCCAAUACUUCAGUCACUCAUGCUGCCUCUUAUGGAUCAGGACUAUGCGAAAGUCUUACUGCUUGUUGAUGACCAGUAUAAGGUCAGUGGCAGCGACAAUAAUUCUGCUCACCCAGCAGAUACAGUGAAUACAUGGAUGUUCCUGUAGCAUCUCAAAGCUGUUUUUCUUUUUUCGUCCACAUCUUUCUGCGUUACUUGAGUUUUUCUCACUUGAGUACUAUUAGUCUAUUUAUUGAAUUUUAUCUUUGUGGAUCAGUAAAUUUCUUUUUAUCUUAUUCAGUCACAUGCAUUUGUGCAGAACAAUGCAAAUAUUUAGCAUAUUAUUAUAGCGGUACUGGUUGACCAGGAACAGCCAGUAAGAAAAAAUAUAACCGUAUUAUUUUUUCACAGGUUUCUGCUUUCCCCUCUACAAAGAAUGUAUUACAGCAGCUACAGGAGAUGGCAUCAUCCAUUUUCUUUUAUCUUGUCGACUCCAGUCAGGGAAGACUUUCUGGCUACAGGCUACGAACGGCAAGUUAAAAUUGUUCUCUGAUGCUAUCACAUAUGCUCUAUGCUCACAUACAGUCUUCACUUUUUUGCUGUCAAAGAUGAUCAAAAUAUAUAUCUAUAUCUAUAUAUACAUACAGAUAUAUAGAUCUAUCUAUAAUAUAAUAUAAUAUAAUAUAAUUAAAGGGAUUGGAAAGCUGAAGUUCAUAUUUGAAUUGACCAAAUGACUUGUCUAAGAGGGUAUGUAUGAGUUUGAGUUUCAAUCACUUUGAAGAAAAUUCAAGGAAUAUAAUAGAUCUAGCAUUCAAAGUAGCUGAACAUGAAGACUUCUGCUUUAAAUGUCUAGAGAAUUAACAUUUUAGCCAGAUGUCUGUUCACAUUCCUGUUGACUCAGCCACGCACUAUUAAAAGUUGUGAGACUGAAAGUAUUGGUGUGGAUUUUUCUGUACACUCAGGACUUGUCAACUGAGCUGAUCUGGGAAGUGGUCAUCCCAACUGAGAUCCAGAAGAUUGUCUCUGUCAAAGGGAAGAGACCCAAUGAGCAUGUGCACUCCCAGGGCAGAGUAAUGGGAGACCGUAGUGUCCUCUAUAAGGUAUGCCAACUUUCCAUGUAUCCUUGGAAGCACUAAUAUGUGUCUACAAAGUUUAAAAGUCAUAUAAAUGACUUGACUGUUGCAGGGUUUGGUCAGUGCUCCCUUCACUUUUUUCACUUCAGUCAGAAACAGUCAUUAACCUGCCUUCUGAUGUAGAAUACAAUCUGAUUUUACCAAGAAUUACUGUGUCAUUUUACAGCACUCAAUCAAAGUUUCACCAAAUGUUGUUGUACACUGUGCAAUGACAGUAAAGGCUUUCCACUUCAAGCAACAGAACAGACAAAACCCUGUUUUUGGUGUUUAUCUGUGAUCUUUUCGUGUGUUUUGUUUAUCCCAUAUAAAGGAACAAUCUAAUCCUGGCUGGUCAAGCAAUAACCAGCCCAUCAGAUAUAUAUAUAUAUUUUUUUAAUUUACCGGAUCAAUUUGAAGUGAGCAUUAUUUUACAGUUCAACUCUACUCUGUACUGGGGUUGAACUGUGUACUUCUUUCUAUGUGUAAUUGGUCAAUAAAGGUAGCUACUCUUUUGUCCCAUCUUAGAGGCCCACUCAGGAAAAUGGGCUGCAUACAUUUUUACAUUUUGGUCUUUUGCCUUCAGUGAGAAGACAGCUGAAUAGAAACAAGACAUUUUGCAUGAACCUGACCCGGAAAACUUUGAUAUUUUCUCCUAUCUCAUCACAUAUAGUUGUUUAAUUUGUGGAAAUUAAAAAAAAGGAAACUUGGAUUCGUCUACAGUUUUAACCUUUUACAAGAAAUAUGUUUAUUUUUUACGAGUUUAAGAGUCUCUAUGUUGGUGUGUCAUUUUUUCCAGUAUUUGAACCCUAAUCUUCUGGCUGUGGUGACUGAGAGCACAGACAUGCACCAGGAGCGAAGUUUUGUGGGGAUCCUCCUGAUUGAUGGUGUGACGGGUCGUGUCAUUCAUGAGGCAGUCCAGAGGAGGGCCAAAGGGCCUGUUCAUGUUGUGCAUUCAGAAAACUGGGUGGUGGUGAGAACUGAUGGCUCAAGUUAGCUAAAAUGUAAAAAAUCUCACUUGUCUUGAGGAGCUUGUGAUCUCACCAAUGAUUGGUCUCUCUGCCUUUGUUUGUCUCCACAGUAUGAAUACUGGAGCACCAAGUCGCGCAGGAAUGAGUUUUCUGUCAUUGAACUCUAUGAAGGGAUGGAGCUUUACAACAGCACUGUGUUCAGCUCACUCGAUCGGCCUCAUGCUCCUCAGGUUCUUCAGCAGUCUUACAUUUUCCCCUCCUCCAUUUCUACCAUGGAGGCGACUCUGACUGAGAAAGGCAUCACCAGCCGACAUCUACUCAGUAAGUGUCAAAGAGGUUUGGUCUUAUGGAUUACACACAGACCUGACUUUCACACAUUGUUUUAAAUACAUUUCCGUGGCUCUCCUUUGUCACAGUUGGCUUACCUUCUGGAGGCAUUUUGUCAAUGCCCAAGAUGUUCCUCGACCCUCGGAGGCCAGAAAUAGUGUCUGAGCAGAGCCGGUGAGUCCUGCUGCUAGACAGUGCAGUCUUAGUUUUUUUUUUAACUGGUUUCUGUGCCUUACCUGAUCUCUUUGAUCACCAGUGAGGAAAAUCUGAUACCAUAUGCACCAGAGCUGCCAAUCCGUACUGAGUGGUUUAUCAACUACAAUCAAACAGUGUCAAGAGUGCGAGGAAUUUACACAGCUCCCUCUGGACUGGAGUCUACCUGCUUGGUAAUUUUUUGUCAGCCCAAAACUGACAUAUUAUCUGAUGACUACCUUUGUACAUUUGCAUGCUUUAAACAACUGUUUGCCCUUUAAAAAAAAAAAAACAUUUAAGAUCCUAUUGUUUUCAUUUCUCCUUGUUUUCAUUUCUCCUUUUGCCGAAUGAAAUCUAAAUAGGAAAUUGUCUCUUUUUUUCCUUGCAGGUGGUGGCAUAUGGUCUUGACAUCUAUCAAACGCGUGUCUAUCCUUCAAAACAAUUUGAUGUCCUAAAAGAUGACUAUGACUACAUGUUGAUCAGUAGUGUUCUCCUUGCCCUUUUCUUUGCCACCAUGAUCAGCAAACGUCUGGCAGAAGUCAAACUGCUCAACCGGGCCUGGCGAUAAAGUGACCGACAAAAUCCUGCCUCUGACGAGCCCCAAGGCUGUGGACCUCGGGGGGGUGGGCUGGGGGGGGGUUACAUGUUGAUUUUGUAACUUAUUUUGAAAACACAAAGAAAGAUUUCUGAGUUGAACAAGUUUUUUUUUUUUUUCAUUUUGAUUAGAUAUUAGCCCAUGACUGGCUUUGAUUUAUUAAAUGGUGGAGGGGAAAUCCCUUCACAUGCUAAACUUAGAUAAUUAAACGCUACUGAUGUUAAUUUUUUCAAGACUUAAUGUUUGUCAAAACACUGUCCUAAUCAAGAAUGAUGAUAAAUUUCCAUCCCAGAAAAAAAGAGUGUGGAUGCAUUACACCUGUGAGCAUGUUUUGGUAAAAUGGCGGAGUUGAAUGGUAAGUAUUUUUUGUUUCCAAAAUGCCAUUUAGUCAAAUGGCAAAUAAACUGUGAAUGUGAAGUGUGAGGACAUUACGUAGCAUGGACAAGAAAAGGUUAUUGAUGCUUUUGUCAUAACUCUCCCUCGGAGUUACUGUCCUACUGUCAUUAUCUUCCAUGCUUUACAAAGAGGAAUGAUUACCUGGAAUCUUUGUUUUCAGUACAUCACUUCUGUUGCUCACAUAAUUGUGAGCAGUUUUAAUCCAUCAGCAGCUGUCACAGAACUAUUAAAACUUGUCACAGAAAAAAAUGUUUUGAACUUUUUUUGUGUACAAGCUUUUAGAGCUUCAAUCAUG